GCAAAGAUUGAUGUUUGGAGCUCUAGUCACUGCCCCGGACAGCAGCGCCCUGAGAGCAGAUUCUUCCAGCGGACUGAAGGACUGGACAUGUCCAGACGCAAACAGUCUAAGCCUCGGGCUGUUAAAGUUGAAGAAAGUGAAUCUUCAGAAUUUGACUUAAAUUGGGACUCAGCAACCGCACGCCCAGCAGGAGCCUCAGGAGGAGACCAGGAGUAUGAUACCAAGGACGGACAACUGUUGGAAGACAGACACAGCAUGACCAGUCAGGAAGAGAGAAACGAAGAUGAUGAAGACAUGGAAGAUGAAUCAAUUUACACCUGUGAUAAUUGUCAGCAGGACUUUGAUUCACUGGCUGACUUGACAGAACAUAGGGCACAUCGCUGUCCUGGAGAUGGUGACGAUGACCCACAAAUAUCAUGGGUAGCUUCAUCGCCCUCCAGUAAAGAUGUUGCAUCGCCCUCCCAGAUGCUAGGAGAAGGCUGUGAUCUUGGCCUGGUGGAUGAAGAAGGAGGAACCGGUUUGCCCUACCCAUGCCAAUUUUGUGACAAGUCAUUCAGCCGUUUGAGUUACCUUAAGAGGCAUGAGCAAAUCCACAGUGACAAACUUCCUUUCAAGUGUACAUUUUGUAGCCGCCUAUUCAAACAUAAGCGAAGUCGUGACCGUCACAUCAAACUUCACACUGGAGAUAAAAAGUACCACUGUCAUGAGUGCGAAGCAGCUUUUUCUCGCAGUGAUCAUCUCAAAAUCCACUUGAAAACUCACAGCUCAAGUAAGCCAUUCAAGUGCACAAUUUGUAAACGUGGGUUCUCGUCCACAAGUUCAUUACAGAGUCAUAUGCAGGCUCAUAAGAAGAACAAAGAUCAUAUUACAAAGCUUGAGAAGGAGAUGAAGAAAGAAGAUGUUGUUUGCGAUUAUUGUGAUGAAACAUUUAAUCAAGUUGAAGACUUGGAGAAACAUAUAGCAACAAAUCACCCACAGAUUUGUGAGAAAGCAGAGUUGCAAUGCAUCCAUUGCCCUGAAGUAUUUGCAGAAGAAAAUGCAUUGAUAAAUCACAUCGACCUAGCCCAUGGGAAUAAGAAACAUAAGUGUCCGAUGUGCCCAGAACAGUUUCCUACAGUGGAAGAAGUCUAUUGCCACUUGGAUAGCCACAGACAACCGGAUUCUAGUAAUCACAGCAUAAGUCCUGAUCCUGCUACAGGAAGUGCAGCCUCAAUGAGUAGCACCACCCCAGAUUCUAGUGCUUCAGUAGAACGAGGUUCCACACCUGAUUCUACCCUAAAACCAUCUAGAAGUCACAGGAAACCUUCAGGAUCUUUGGAAAGAGAAGGAAGUCAAAACUCUUGGUCACCAAAAGUCACCUAUAGCUGCCCAUAUUGCUCGAAGCGAGAUUUCAGUAGCUUGGCUGUCUUAGAAAUUCAUUUAAAAACUAUUCACUCAGAUAAACCUCAGCAAGGUCACACAUGCCAAUACUGCCUUGAUUCACUUCCCACUUUGUAUAACUUAAAUGAGCACGUCCGAAAAGUCCACAAAAAUAACGUUUUUCCAGUAAUGCAGUUCACCAGUACAUCAACAUUUCACUGCAAUUACUGUCCGGAAAUGUUUGCAGACUUGAAUAGCUUGCAGGAACACAUACGAAUUACGCAUUGUGUUCCAAAUACUCUCUCCCAAGAUGGAAACCAUACUUUCUUCUGUUCCCAUUGUUCGCUGGGAUUUCUUACUGAGUCUUCACUCUCAGACCACAUUCAGCAAGCUCACUGCAAUGUAGGAAAUCCCAAGCUGGAGUCUCCCGCACUUCAAGCCACACAGUCCUUCAUGGAAGUUUACUCUUGUCCAUAUUGCACCAAUUCACCCAUUUUUGGCACCAUUCUUAAGCUCACAAAGCACAUCAAGGAAAACCAUAAGAACAUUCCACUAGCAGCAAACAGUGGCAGAAAAUCGAAGUCAGAGCAAAGUCCUGUUUCUUCUGAUGCUGAAGUCUCUUCUCCCAAAAGACAGCGGUUGUCAGCAAGUGUACCAUCACUGUCAAAUGGGGAAUACCCAUGCAAUCAAUGUGAUCUCAAGUUCUCUUCUUUUGAAAGUUUCCAAAGCCAUCUGAAGUCACAUUUGGAAAUUCUUCUGAGGAAGCAAUCCUGUCCUCAGUGUAAAGAGGAUUUUGAUUCCCAGGAGACCCUGUUACAACACCUCACCAUACACUACAUGACAACUUCAACUCAUUAUGUCUGUGAGAGCUGUGAUAAGCAAUUUUCUUCAGUUGAUGACCUACAGAAGCACUUGCUGGAUAUGCAUACUUUUGUUCUAUACCACUGCACGUUGUGCCAAGAAGUGUUCGAUUCCAAGGUCUCCAUCCAGGUGCAUUUAGCAGUGAAGCACAGUAAUGAAAAGAAGAUGUAUCGCUGCACAGCAUGCAAUUGGGAUUUCCGAAAGGAAGCAGAUCUUCAACUUCAUGUCAAGCAUAGCCAUUUAGGUAAUCCAGCAAAGGCCCGUAAAUGUAUAUUCUGUGGUGACACAUUCAGUACAGAAGUGGAACUGCAAUGCCAUAUUACAACACACAGUAAAAAAUAUAACUGUAAAUUUUGCAGUAAGGCCUUCCAUGCCAUUAUUUUGCUAGAAAAGCACUUAAGGGAGAAACACUGUGUGUUCGACAACAGCAGCCAGAAUGGUACCGCAAAUGGAAUUGUAUCAUGUAACAAAAGAGUGGAAACCGAUCUUCAGAACAUACUGAUGAAAAGUCAGGAAGCUCUAAACAGUCACGAAGCUAGUGAAGAUGAUAUUGAUGCUUCAGAACCAAUGUACGGCUGUGAUAUCUGUGGUGCAGCAUAUACUAUGGAGGCCCUAUUGCAGAAUCACAGGUUGAGAGAUCACAAUAUUCAACCUGGAGAAGAUGAUUGUUCACGGAAAAAGGCUGAAUUCAUCAAGGGGAGCCAUAAAUGCAACAUCUGUGCUAGGACAUUUUUCUCGGAGAAUGGCCUCCGAGAGCAUAUGCAGACCCAUCGUGGACCUGCUAAGCACUACAUGUGUCCUAUUUGUGGUGAGAGGUUUCCUUCCCUUCUAACGCUGACUGAGCACAAGGUCACACAUAGCAAAAGUCUUGAUACGGGAACUUGCAGGAUCUGCAAAAUGCCAUUGCAGAGCGAAGAGGAAUUCAUCGAGCAUUGUCAGAUGCAUCCAGACCUGAGAAAUUCUCUCACAGGGUUCCGUUGUGUAGUUUGCAUGCAGACAGUCACCUCUACUCUUGAGCUGAAAAUUCAUGGAACAUUCCACAUGCAAAAAUUGUCGGGAAACUCUGCAUCAUCAUCUCCAAAUAAUCAGAGUCAUCAGAGACUCUACAAGUGUGCUUUAUGCCUGAAAGAGUUUAGGAGCAAACAGGACUUGGUGAAACUUGACAUCAAUGGCUUGCCCUAUGGCUUAUGUGCAGGUUGCAUGAACAGAGGUACCAAUGGUCAAUCUUCAAAUGUAACUCAACAGGAAAACAAUGAACGAACCAGUGUCAGUCUUCGGUGUCCUGAUUGUGCAGUUAAAUUUGAAACUGUCGAGGAUCUGGAGAGUCAUAUCCAGAUAGACCAUAGAGAAAUGACACCAGAGACAAGUAGCCAGAAAAAGUCAUCACAGGCUUCGCCUGCUCCAAGGAAGAAGACCUACCAGUGUAUCAAGUGCCAGAUGACUUUUGAGACUGAACGGGAAAUACAGAUCCAUGUUGCAAAUCAUAUGAUUGAGGAAGGCAUCAAUCAUGAGUGCAAACUGUGUAACCAGAUGUUUGACUCACCAGCAAAGCUACUGUGUCACCUGAUUGAACACAGCUUUGAAGGGAUGGGAGGUACUUUUAAAUGCCCUGUUUGUUUUACAGUCUUCGUGCAGGCAAACAAACUGCAGCAACACAUCUUCGCUGUACAUGGGCAAGAAGAUAAGAUUUACGACUGUUCGCAAUGUCCACAGAAAUUCUUCUUUCAAACUGAACUUCAGAGAUUUGAAACCAGUAUUUUACCCCAUAUAAUAAUAAAAAGAGAUGUCAGAUAAAGAGCCUGAGGACUAUUUGCUAUUCCACGAAAACCACAUGAUGAGUCAGCACGCACAGUAAGGUGUCAGCACUGCGAGACAUAUUCUCUGCAGAAGACUCGACAGAGACACAGUGGGAGAGAACUUUUGAACAUUACAUCCAAUCAAAGUGUCAUUUGAAACCCAGAUGUAAAACUAAUGAUUUGGCCAUGAGGCACUGCUAUUAUAAGCAGUUUGAAAUGAAUAUUAAUGUAACAGAUUAAAAGUAUUCUAUGCUCAGUAUUUUUCUGUCCUGCUUUUAACUAGUGAGUUCACAGCUUUUGCUUCUAAUCAGAGUUAUAGUGUGUUAGAAACAUCAGCUUUGUUGCUGUUGUCCUUUGUUGCUUAAUGUAGUAAGCUAAUAGAUGUCAAGAUAACUAGAUGUAUUUUGUUAAUACUUGCUUUUAAAUGCAGAAUUAGCCAGUUGUGAUAACUGUGAUGCGCUAGCUUGCCAUUGUCAGAAUUUUUUUUUCCCUUUUUGUCAAAGAAAGAUGUUUUAAUUGAAUUGACCGGUUCACAGUACAAUGAAAGAUUAUGUAAAGAAAAACAAUGAUUACAGUGCAACUGGAUGGUGUUUGCUUAUAAAAUGUGAUUUACCUGAUUGCAAUAACUAGGACAGUAUAAUAAAGGGAAACCACGCACUUGA